AUGGAGAAUCCCUUGCCGUUCAUGGGCCCACAAUGGGCUGAGGGAGGGACAAACCAGAUUGGCUUCGCCAUGGCCAUCGCCGCCUCCAUGGUCGUCCUCACCAUGUUCCAGCAGUUCCUCUUCAACCACUUCAGAGGAUACCUGGAGCGCUGCAUCCGCAAAAUCGUCAGCUCCAUGGACCCCUACGUCCAGAUCAAAUUCCACGAAGACACCUUCGACGGCGGGCCACGAAACCGCGAGGCCUACAGCGCCAUCGAGACUUACCUCAGCGCCAACUGCGCCUCCCAGGCGCCGCGUCUCAAGGCCAACGCCGUUAGGGAUAUUAGAACCCCUGUCUUCUGCGUCGACGACGGAGAAGGUGUCUCCGACGAGUUUAACGGUGUCAAAAUCUGGUGGCAUCUUAGCAAAGGGAAAGAGCCAAGCGAAGGAUGA